AUGCGCUUCCUUCCCCGCCUGCUCCUGGCGGCCGCACUGGCCACCGCCGUCCUGCUGGUCUGCCGGCUGCUCCUGGGGCGCCGCGGAGGGUGUUUUCCAGACGACCUGGCUCCCAGGGCAGAGGAGUUCCCCUCUCUGACGUUGGACACCUUCCUUCAUGUCCAGCAGCUUCGGAAGAAGAGGCUCAGAGCUUUCUGCAGCCGCUUAGCCAAAGCGCCCACGCUACCGGAGAGCAGCGAGGAGCGAGCCCGCAUGCUCUCCAGUGUGAGAGUCAGCACCAAGCUGGACUUCCUCUAUUGCCAAGUGCCAGCGACAGGGAUGGAGGGCUGGCAGUGGCUUUUGGAGAAGCUAGAAGAGAAAGAAAAUAUGACGGUCCUGAUGCCGCUUCCCUACCCUCGGCAGCAUGCUCUGCAGACACAGCUGAGCAAGUUCAAUCAGACCAUGAUAGAGGCCAUGAUGGGCUCCUACACCAAAAUACUGUUUGUCAGGGACCCUUUCCAGAGGCUGAUCUCAGCUUACAUGCAAGGCAUGGGCAGCAGUCCUUCCUUCAGCAGUUUUGUUCAGGAUGUUUUAGACAGGGGACAGUACAACGCCAGCCUGGAAUCAAAGCCGCUUGUCAGCUUGUGCUGGCCUUGUCUCAUCCAGUACGACUACGUGAUGAUGUUUGGCUUCCUCAGGCAGGAACUGAGUCACCUGCUGCAUCGGACUGGGUUGCCAAAGGACAUCCACCUCCCUGAAUUCACUGACACCCAGGUGCGGUGGACCUAUAUGUGGUUAUCAGAGCAACUAUUCAGUGAACUGUCCCUCAAACAGAAGAAACAACUGUCUCAUUUUUAUCGCUGGGACCUUUCUGCUUUCCAGUUUUCUAACAGUUUGCUAUCAGACCUCCUCAGCACACCAGAGACAUAG